AUGUUAUACAAAUUUGAGGGCAUAUUCCGUUUGGCGUGCGAGCACGUGCUGCGCACCAUGCGCCGCGGCCGCGAGACCCUCCUCACCCUCCUGGAGGCGUUCGUCUACGACCCGCUGGUGGAGUGGGGCGGCGGCAAGAAGCGGAGGGGCACCAGGCACGUGCGCGCCGCACGAGCCAUGCUCGCCGUCCGGGUGCGCGAGCUCGAGCAUUCCAUCGACGAGAUCACAGAGCAAUUUAUGACGAUUCUACCAGAAGUGCAGCAAGCUGCUGAAAAAUGUAUCGAGGAAAACAAUGAAUUGAAAUCAGUAGAAACCAAGCUACAUGAGUGCCACCAGCAGAUGGCCUUAAUUAAGGAGAUCGAAGCUUACGGUCCUAAUCUUCAUAGUCAUCCACUGUACGCAAUAUCUCAGAAAUAUGCUUCGUACAAACAAGCGAAGAACGCCGUUGAAGACUCGAUGAAGGCACUCAUAAAAAUACUAAACGAUUUUGACACUCAAAUAGAAACUUUUGCCAAGACAAACGAGGUCCUGAACGGGCCGCAACUGAUGGCAUGGGUGCAGGAGUUCUCCGGGCCCAACGAAGACGAUGACAAGUCUAUAUUCGAACAUAUAAAAGAGUUCAUGACGAACGCCGGACAAAGCUCGAUGAUAUCGCAAUGCGAACAAGCCGAGGCCGAGCUGAACCAGAGCAUGCAGCAGACGAACCUCUUGGUUAGAUCCUGUCUAGAGCUCCUAUCGCAAUACGCCGCCGUCUCGCAAUACUACCCGCAGAGUCGGACGGAGUACCACCGCGUGGCGAUGUUCCGCAAGUACUUAGCUACGGCACUCGAGAGCAAACUGCCCGAGGUCUGCCGCGACGUCUCGGGCCAAGUGACGGCGUUGGUCAACGCCGAUUCCAACGUGGGCGAUGCUCAGCAAAUAAUCGCGUACAACUAUCGCCUGCAGCAGGUGAACGCUGAAGCCAAUGUUGUGCUGAACAAGUGCUUGGAAAGGUUGCAGUUGGAGGGCGGUCCUGACGCCGUGACGUUGGCCGAGGAAGCCUACAGGGAAGCGAAAGCCAACAUCAGCAAUUGGGUCCGAACUGAAGAGGGGUCCGCGGCGGCGCUCGAAGGGGUCGUGAUCGGAAUGCUGUGUAACUUGAACAGACGAUAUCUGAUGUUGGAGAACGGCGCCCAGAGUGCGGGCGAUUGUCUAGUCGAUCUGACGUCGCGGGAGGGAGAGUGGUUCCUCGACGACAUGAAUACGCUUUCGAUACAAGCGGUGGAGCUGCUCUCCCUGCUACCGCUGCAGUCCGCGUCCGCUGAGGACGCCGCGAUGUCAGUGGCCGUCGAGUGCGUGCGUAACGCAAAUCUCCUAUUGGCAGACCUGGUGCAGCUGAAUUAUAACUUCAGCACAAUUAUCUUGCCCGAAGCGUUGAAGAAGAUCCACUCGGAGGACCCGUCGGUGCUGUUCAUGAUCUCCGAGCUGAACUCCGUCAUCAUGAACUCCCCGGUGCCGCUGAACGACCUCCUAGCUCAGCUUGAAAUGCACUUCAGAUACCUAGUGAUGGAUAUGGAGUCGCCGGCAGGCGGGGCGCAGGUUCUCGCGUCGGAGCUGAGGGCGCGCUACGAGGCGCUGCUCUCGGCCGCACCGGACACGGAGGUCCAGUCCGCGGGGCGGAUGCUGCUGAUGGGCUUCAACGGGCUCUUCGCCGCCGUCGAGCUGAGGGCGAGGGAGCUGGCCGACCACCUGGCCGCCCCCAUUCCGCCCGCGUGGCGGAAGAUCGACCACAUCAACGACGCGAUGCAUAUGUCGGCGGCCAUGCAGAGUCCCGCUUUGCGAUCCGUGCUAGAGGACAUUUUCGUGGUGCGCCGCGUCCAGACGGUGGGGGAGGCGCUCGGAGCGUGCGCCCAGCUCGCCGCCGCCUUCAGAGGGGUAGUGCCGCCCGUGCUCUAUGACGACGCCCAGCUGUGCCGACCAGUACGCAGGUUCACUGCGGAGUACGUGUCCCGUUGCGUCCUCGGCGUGCACUCGAAGGCGCUGGCGUCGGUGCUCUGCCUGCUGCUGCGGCGGGCCCGCCUGGACCUCAACGCCGAAGUGGAGCAGAAGGAGAUUGGCGCCUCGUGGAGCGUCUCUUUGGAGUCGCUGUGCGAGAAGGUGGCGCGGGGCGAGGGGGGCGCGGGGGGCGAGAAGGGCGCGGGGGGCGAGCGGGCCGAGCGGGCCGAGGGGCUGGCGGGGGCGCUGCAGGCCGCGUGCGCCCGCCUCGAGCGCGCGCACAUCGCGCAGAGGCGCGUGCAGAGGGCGCGCGCGGCGGCCAGGGCCGCCCGGCUGCGGGCCGCUGCCCACGCGCACCUGCACGCCGAGGUGCUGAAGAGCGGGCCGGAGGGUUCCGCCUUGGGCGGGAUAGGGGGAGGGGCGGGAGGGGCGUUGGCGAGGCGCGGCAGGGAGUUGGCCGCGGCGGCGGAGCGCCUGGCGGCGGCCGCCUCCAGAGCUCAGCCCCUCGUGGCCUCCGCGCACCAGAGUAAUGUAGUUUUGACGCGCGCAAAGGGUGAAGUGGGGCGCGGGCGCCAACCCGGCGCUGCGCUCGGUGGUGCGCGCGCUGGAGGGCGGGUGGGACGCGCGCGUGCGCGAGCCGCGCGGCUGGCCGCGGCCGGCGCCGCGCUGGCCGCGCACGCGCGCGUCGCCGCCGCAAUGGCCCAGCCCGCGCCGCGCGCGCGCCGCACGCUGCGCACCGCGCUCGCACACUGGGAGAAGGCUUGCACUUUAGCGCAGAAGUAUUCACUGCAAGUGACGCCCGUGGAGGAAUCGCUCAUGGAAAUGUUGCACCCCGAAGGAAACAUCGACGCACACUGGGUGCAGACGGUGUCGCUGCUGGUGCGCGAGCUGGCCGGCGGGCUGGCGGCGGCGGCGGGCUCUGCGCGGGCGCGCUGCGCGGCGGGCGCGCUCGCGCUGAAGGCGGCCGCCUCGCGGCUGGAGGCGCCGAGCUUGGCGCGCGGCCGGCUGGAGCGCGAGCUGCGCGCGCCGCUGGCCGCCACGGACGAGGAGCCGGCGCGCGACGUGUGGGCGCGCUGGCGGGCGGCGCACGAGCUGCUGGCGCGCCUGCUCGAGCCGCGCCACGGCCGAGACGCGGCCGACGCGGCGGCGCAGCUGCGCACCGAGCUGCCGGCCCUGCGCGACGCGCUCAAGCAACUACCUAAUACUUGGACGGAACAGAGUGGACGCAAGCUGACCCGGCAGGUGGCUAUCGCCCCACCCGCGAAGCAAACCACCACCAACACGAAGCAAGGAGGGGGCAGCGAGCAGCGCAACGCGAUGGGCGCGGGCGUCUGGAAGCGCGUGCGCCUCAAGCUGGAGGGGCGCGAGGGGCAGCGGCGCACCCUCUCGCCCCACGACCAGGUGGAGUACAUAAUAACGGAAGCUACGAGCGCAGAGAACCUGUGCCUGAUGUACGAAGGCUGGAUGGCGUGGGUG